AUGAAAGUCCAAACAUUAUUCACUUUUCUAUUCAUCUUCACUUCUGUCUUUGGGUUUAGCGAUUCAGUUUAUAACAAACUUGUUGAGAUUGCCCAUUAUGCCAAAAUCGCCUAUUGUUCAGUUGAGCCUUAUUUCCAAGAUGGUCCUUUAGGUAAAGCAUGUCCAGAUAUUGAUUUUUGUGAUGCUACAAAUCAAUCAUCAACUCAAAUUGCAGAAGUUGUUCGUCCAAAUUUCUUGGAACAAGAGAUUAGUGGAGAUUCUUAUGUUGCAAUUAAUGAUGAAACCAAGAAAGUUUAUGCAGUUUUCAGGGGAAGUUUAUCACCAGGAGAUUUCGUCACUGAUAUAACUGCCUUCCAAUGUCCAUAUGCACCAAUUUUGAAAAAUAAUUUAAAGUAUGAAGAAUUUGCAAAUAUUUCAAAUCAUGAUCAAUUAAGAUCUGCAAUUUUGUCCAAGGCUGAUAAUGAAACCGUUUGUGAAGAUUGUUUAGUUCAUUGUGGUGUUUAUGUUGCAUUUAUGAAGUUUAUUCAAGAUGUUUAUGAAACUGCUGAUCCUUAUUUACAAAAAGGUUAUGAGUUAACAGUUACUGGACAUUCAUUAGGUGGUGGGUAUGCUUUAUUAGGUGGUGUGGAAUUUAAAUUACAAGGUUAUGAACCUUUAUUAAUCACAUAUGCUUCAUUAAGAGUUGGUAAUCCAAGUUUUAAUAAAUGGGUUGAUGAAAUUUUCCAAACUGAAGCAAAUGCUAAAAUUGUUGGAGAAGGUGGUGAUUUACCAAUUCCUUCAUAUUCAAGAGUUUAUCAAGAAACUGAUAUUGUUCCAAGAUUACCACCAAAUAUUCCAAAUGUUUUAGAAUAUACACAUUCUGGUCUAAGAUUCCAAAUUACUAAAGUUCUAUUACCACAAUUGAAAGAAAAUGUUGUUUUCAAAGGUGCUUCAAAUAAUGAUGCAAAUGAUGGUAUUGAUAUUAAUUUCCAACCUGGUAUUACAUUCUUGUUGUAUCAACAUUUACAUGAAUUCACUAGAAUUUCAUGGCCAUGUAAUGAUUUGGAUGUUUAA